UCCAAGGUAUUCUCUUCUUAAUUAACCCUAUUUAACUAUUCUAUAUCCUUGCUUCAAUUAGUAGGUUUUUCUUUCAAGUGAUUAGUUGAGAAUGGGAGAAGAGGUGGUUUUGUUGGAUUUUCAACCAAGUAUGUUUGGUAUGAGAGUUAGGAUUGCAUUGGCAGAAAAAGGUGUUGAGUAUGUGUAUAAAGAAGAAAACUUGAGGAAUAAGAGUCCCUUGCUUCUUAAGAACAACCCCAUUCACAAGAAAAUUCCAGUUCUAAUUCACAAUGGAAAAUCCAUUUGUGAGUCUCUCAAUAUUGUUGAGUAUAUUGAUGAGUUUUGGAAGGAUAAAGCUCCAUUGUUGCCCUUUGAUCCUUAUGAUAGAGCUCAAGCUAGGUUCUGGGCUGAUUUUAUUGAUAAGAAGGUGCAUGAAGAUGGGAGAGGGAUAUGGGCCUCAAAAGUAGAUCAACAUGAGAAGGCCCAGAAGGAACUGAAGGGAAGCUUGAAGCAACUAGAAGAGGUUCUUGGAGACAAGCCAUAUUUUGGGGGUGACUCAUUUGGGUUUCUAGAUGUUGCUUUAAUCCCUUUCCAUCAAUGGUUUUAUGCUUAUGAGAAAGUGGGUAGUUUCAAAUUGGACUGUCCCAAACUCAUAGGAUGGGCCAAGAGAUGUUUGCAGAGGGAAAGUGUGUCCACAUCCCUUGCCAGUGAAAAGGACAUCUAUGAGUUUGUUUUGGGCUAUAGGAAAACUCAUGAGUUGGACUAGGAGACAUCAUGGGAUAUGUGGAAUCUGUUAAAGAUCAACUUAGUGAUAAGAGAUUUUAUGUUUAAAUUUUAUUAGUAUUGUUUUACAAGAGAAUAUGUGUUUGUACCAAAUAAAUUAGGAAUAUAUGUGUGGGAGUUGUUACAAAACUGUAAAUUGGGAUGUUUUGAUACAACCAAUUUUUUAAAUUAAUAAAAAUGAUAUAAAGUGUGGAUUUUUUUUUUCUUUUCA